AUGGACAGCUCACCUGAGAUGGCCUCCAUUUUACUUGACAGCGAUACAUCGAGCUCUUACGAAGACGAGACUGGCUUAGUACUGAUCCCAAAGACAUUCCCGGAUCUGUUGGCUGCUCGAAGCAAUGCCUGUCCCAAGCAACUUGCUCUCGACAGUUGUGUUCGCCAAUGGACUUACUCUCAGCUGCAACGACAUGUCGCCGUCGUCGCUGAUGUGCUUCAGCAGACUGGAGUUGGUCCUGGUGAGAGAGUGGGCAUGUGUUUCGAUCUAUCACCUUGGGCGGUGGUCGCAAUUUUGGCAAGCAUGACAUUAGGCGCAGCAGUUGUGCCUGUCUACCCAUACCACGCAAAACCGAGAAGGACCACUAUGUUCCGAGAGGCCCGGGUUCGAUUCGUGAUUGUACAAGAUCACCAAUACGGAAAGGACCUCGACGACUCUGGAUACACUAUCAUCAGGUUGAUGGACAUCGACUUCGAUGCGGAGCCACGGCCUGUGAUCAAUGCAGUUUCAAGACCCGAAGAUCCGGCGUUUAUUGCAUUUACUUCAGGCACCACUGGAAAACCGAAAGGCAUUGUGCAGACGCAGCAGGCAAUAGUCACAAUGAGCACCACACUUGCACGAUAUCUGAACGUCCAAGAUACUUCACGGGUGAGCCAGCUUCAUCCAUAUGUGUUCGACGUCUCGGUUAUGGAGAUAGGAAUGUGCUUGGCGACCGGUGCGAUGAUAUGUCUCACUGAUAAGGGAGAGAUGAUGUUGCCAUCUGCUGGGGAGAUCGGACCCGAAUUGACGAAAUCUCGCAUAACACAUACCACCGUCUCGCCUACCAUGCUGAAUAUGAUGGAGCCAGCUGAGAUUCCAACAGUUCGCGUUCUGAGCGUCAUGGGAGAGCCCUUAGGCCGUAAUGCGAUCGAGAAAUGGGCUUCCUGCGAAUCGAGAUCGUUUUAUCAGCUGUGGGGCGCUACCGAAGCCUGUAUAUUGCAGACUAUCACGACUCCGAUCACGAAGAGCGACCGUCCGCAGAAUAUUGGGUAUCCGCUUCUUGGCGCUUGUCGGCUUUGGAUUGCAGAUCCUAGUUGUCCUGAUACACUUCUCAAGGAUGGCGAUGUAGGCGAGAUCGUUGUAGAGAGCAGAGCUCUUGCUACUGAAUACAUUGGACGGGAAGAAGAGACAGCGAAAGCCUUUCUCGGUCAGACCAAAUGGCAAGAUGACAGGUCCCAUGGUCGGGUUUACAGAACUGGCGAUUUAGGCCGUAAACAGAACGAUGGCAGUGUUAUAUUCUUGGGGCGCAACGAUAACCAGAUGAAUUUUCAUGAUUGUGAUCGGGUUCGUGAGCGGGACAAGGGUCUCACGGAGCCAUUCUCAGAGUGA